AUGGUUCGUGCUCUUAACCGGGCUUUUCCUUUUGAUAUGUCAGGUGCUAGCCACGCCGUGGAGAGUAAUGGCAUUGGUACCUUAGGACAUCUGGAGGUCCGAGGUAACAGUCAUUCCAAGGGCAAAUCGACCAACAAGAACGGGGGAAAUAGGGGGAAACAAGACUCUCCACCCCGGCACGCCCUACUCCCACUUCCACAUCACGACCUGCCCUGA